UGAACCUUCACGAGGGCUACCGCCGCUCUACGCUCACCCACGGCGUGAUCUCCGUGUUUUCCCCCAUUCUAGCCCCGCACAGGCCAUCCAGACGUAUCUCUGCCCUGCUCUGCCCCCUCGCACGCACACACAGGCACGAUGCUCGCCGGUCUCCGUCUCAUCUCCGCAGCGCUCUUACCCCUUGCCCUAACUGUUGACGCUGGGCUCAUACGACGUGAUGCAGUCCCUGUGACAAUCCCUUUUGCCAGACGAUUGAACUUUACCGGCACCGCAAAGCUCAUCGAGCUAGACCAGGCGCGUGCGAAGACGCUCAAGGCCCGCGCAAACAGUGGAUUCAAGCAAACCGCGGUCUUUGAUGCCCCGGCCACGAACCAGGCGGUCGAUUAUACCACUACUGUUGGUGUGGGUAACCCGCCGCAGAACUUCACCCUGCUCAUUGAUACUGGAAGUUCGAACACUUGGGUGGGAGCGCAACUCCUCACCAACCCAUUCCUCCCCACCACAUCGGGAUUUACCGGCAAUCUAGUAUCCGUCACCUACGGCUCCGGGUUCUUCAUCGGCCAGGAAUUCACAGAUACCGUUCACUUGGGAGGUCUCGCUAUCGAGAACCAGUCAUUCGGCGGAGCACUCGUCUCUGAGGGAUUCGAUGACGUCGACGGGAUCAUAGGCAUUGGACCAGCGGACCUGACUUGCGGCACUCUCAUCCCAGCGGUCGACGAUUGUAUCCCUACUGUGACCGAUAACGCGUUCAGUCAGGGUCUGAUCCCGGCGCACGAGAUUGGCAUCUCCUUUGAGCCCACAAGCAGCCUCGACAACACAAACGGCGAGCUCACCUUCGGCGGCGUCGACACGAACAAGUUCACCGGACCCCUCAACUUCGUGCCGAUCACCUCGACCUCUCCUGCAAACGAGUUCGUCGGCAUCGACCAGUCCAUCACCUUCGGCUCCACCGACGGGCCCACCGUCCUCGCGUCGACGGCCGGCGUCACCGACACCGGGACCACCCUCCUGCUGCUCGCGACUGACGCCUUCGACACCUACCAGAACCUCACCGGCUCGACUCUGGACGCGACCACGGGCCUCCUCCGCCUGACCCCAGACCAGGCAUCGAACCUGCAGAGCCUCUUCUUCCACAUCGGCGACACCACCCUCGAGUUCACGCCCAACGCCCAGAUCUGGCCGCGCGCGCUCAACUCCGCGAUCGGCGGGACGUCCGACUUCGUCUACCUCGUCGUGAACGACCUCGGGACCCUGAGCGGCGAGGGGCUGGACUUCAUCGACGGCAUGACAUUCCUCGAGCGGUUCUACUACGUCUUCGACAUCGCGAAUAGCCGUGUCGGAUUCGCAACUACGCCGUUCACAGACGCGACAACGAACUAG